AGCUCUCUAAGCUUUCUUCUUCCUCCUCCUUCUCUUAACUUCCAACCUCACCGCCACAAGGAAAAAAAAAAGAGAUCCUCUCGAUCGUAAAAACCCUUAAUUAUAAAGUUUGUCUUUCGGACAUAUAUAAGAUAUAUAUACACACAUACAUAUAUAUAUAUAAGAGAUGGGAGGAUCAGCUGGUUCAUCGCCAUGUGCGUCUUGUAAACUGCUGAGACGCCGCUGCGCAAAGGACUGUAUUUUCGCUCCUUACUUCCCUCCCGACGAUCCUCACAAAUUCGCCAUCGUCCAUAAGGUCUUCGGCGCCAGUAACGUCAGCAAAAUGCUUCAGGAGCUCCCAGUUCACCAGAGAGUCGAUGCAGUGAACAGUCUAGUGUUCGAAGCCAACGCGCGAGUGAGAGACCCUGUCUAUGGCUGCGUGGGAGCUAUCUCGUAUUUACAGAAUCAAGUCUCGCAGCUUCAGAUGCAACUAGCUGUGGCUCAGGCCGAGAUCCUCUGCAUUCAGAUGCAGAACGAGCCGACCGUACAAUCUCAAGUACUUGUAGACCAAGACGACAAAUCCCUCUGGUACAACAACAACAGCCACUUGGGUUACGCUGUGUCUGGACAGUUCAGCACUAACUUAGCCUCUUCAAGCUCUAUAAUGCAAAUGCAAGACCCUCUGAAGCAAGAGUCUCUCUGGACUUAGCCAAAUUACUUAACUCAUCUUUGUCGGUCUAAUUUCCUCAGUGGAAAAGUUUCCCACAUGCGUCCGUUUCUUCUUACGUUUUUUGGCUUUGUGGUCCAGAGAGAGAGAGAGAGAGAGAGAGAGAGAGCAUGAAAUUAGAUGUCGUGUGUAAGAAAAGUUGUAAAAGUCAAAAGCCCGAGUGCAUGCAUGUGAUGAUCGGAUGUAGAGUGAGUUCCUUUGUUACGUUCAAAGCAGAAGCAGAGGCGUUAGAGAUCGUUUAA